GACCUACGUAUCCCUAGUUGUCAGUGAACGCAGUAGAAAAGUACGGCAAAAAUAUUUCAACGUAUUAAAAUGCUUGCAAAUAAACAAUAAACAAUUGAUUUGUAUAGCGAAGUAACAAACAAAUAAGAAAUUCAAGGGAUUGGAAACACUUUAUUAAUACGUUCGAAUAAAAAUCAAUUGAGAAAUUCAGUUUGAUCGAAUUUUGUUUUGUUGGUGUUGUGAAGAAAAAAAGCAAGGUAACGAAAAUAGCUCAACAGACAGCCAGAGGAAACAAAAGACUUUUAAAAAGCCAUAUAUUUGUUUUUCGGCUGCGGAAAAACACGAUUGAGCAAGAAUUCUGAAUAAUCGGGAGAGAAUUAAAUCAAAAAAUGCCAUUUUAUGGUCUUUAUAUACCCGUGAAGGGCGGCGGUGGUGCCACAGCAGCAGCGUCUGGAUCUGGAACAACCAACGCUUCCUCAAACGACAAUAAUGAAACCGCAGAAUCUCAAUUUGUUUUCAGCACCAAAGCUGAAGCAUUAAAAGUACUCAAAAAACACAAAGAUGCCCGACUCAAGGAGUUCAUAAAUGAGGAUGAAGCCAUGAAAUAUGCCCAAACUGGUUACGAAAUUGUUCAACAGAAAUACAAUGAUGUUAGAACCUCUACAACAGCGCUGGAGACGCCGGCAUUUCGAGGGCCCACAAAACAGGAGUUGGCACGUUUUCGCAAAUGCAUUGAAUCGGAUGAAUAUGAACGAGUCAAACAAAUCAUAUGGGAUAAUCCGCGAUAUCUUGUCAGUUCGGGUGAUACACCGACCUCGUUGAAAGAAGGCUGUCGCUAUAACGCCAUGCAUAUUUGUGCGAUUUCAAAUCGCCCUAAAAUAGCCAAACUUAUUCUCAGCACAGUCUCGGAUACAAAAUUUGUCGAUCUAUUGACGGGCAAAAAGAACGAUCAGAAAAUGUGUCAGGAACUGUGCGCCAACCUAUUGGACUAUUAUUUGAAUAUACCGGAGAAGGGUAGAAGUGAGACGCCAUUGCAUUUUGCUGCCAAAUACGGGUUUCCUGAAAUGGUGGAACUAUUGACAUCAUAUCCAGAAUGUAAAAUGACACCAAAUAUUGAGGGUAAUUUGCCCCAACAUAUUAUUUGUACCCGUGGCAUACCGGCCCAUGAUGUUUAUCCAAAAAUCAAAAGUCUGUUUGAGGAGCGUUUCUAUGUGCCUGUCCUGCGCUGUAGUGAUGCCUCAAUUCCUGCCCAAAUUGGAGAGCCAUUUUCAGUUAACAACCCACCAAACCUAAACUGUGAUCCCUUAAGUCCAGAAGUGGAAAUAAAAGCAUUGGCUGGACCCAUGAGCAAAGAUCAGGCAAAGAAAUUUUUUCGACGCUGGAAAACACCACCUCGUUUGGGCAGCAAUGUGUCAUCACCCAUUGCCAAUAGUCCAUUUAUAUCACCUAUGAAAUCCCGCAGAAGUCUACCAUCCACUCCAGCAGGUGGUAACAGUGCAACAAAUUCUCCCACUGCCAUGUUACAGCGUCGUUCGCUUUUCAAUUCAACGCCACAGCGUAAAGAUCGUACGAAUGGGGCCAAUGAUUCCAAUGGUUUUGCGGAUCAUUCCAUAAUUCUAGAUGAUUCAUUUGAAGACCAUCAGAAUGGUAAUGGCGGCAGCGACAAUGAUAAGGAAAACGGUCAAACAUCAAUGAAUAAAAUCGAAACCAAUAACAAUAAUGGUCGCCUCGAGUCAAAGCUAAAGAUUGGUCUGUGUCCCGGUACACCGCUAUUUAAAAUAAAACGAGAUGCCUUCUUUACAUAUCGCGAACAGCAACAAAUGGCUUCACCCAUGCCAGCUUGUCUAGAUGGGCAAAAUGAUACCGUCGACUAUUUCAAUUGUUCCGACAUUUACGACAGUCCCGGUUUUAAAGAGCGUCAUGUAAAAAAUACCGAUCCCGAUAAGGGUAUUGAAUGCAUUGGCCGCAAUCUGGCCAAGGAGCAAAAUGUUGAGUGGCGUGAAUAUUGGGAUUUUCUAGACGAAUUCAUAGAUAUUGCCUCGGAGAAAGGUAUUAAGAAACUAGAAAGUUAUUUAGCACAAAAACAGGCGGAAUAUGAAGCAGAAGUGAAUAAGAAAAAACGUAACAACUCGGAAAUGUUGGAAGAGGUUUGUUCGGCUUUGGAGAAAUUUGGUUUUGGUGUUAACACUGGUGCAUCGGAUGGCCAUGGGCGUAAUGGCAUGAAUCAAAAUGGCUUUCGUAAUGCCGGAACAACAGCGGUCUCCUCCACCAAUCUAAAUGCUUCUACCGCCCACCAGUCAUCAACACCCUAUACCUAUGUGGAGAAAUCAUUGCAGGUCCAUGCCCGUCGCAUGACCAAGACCAUUGUUCAUAAUAUAGAUAAUGUUGUGUCCAUAAAUGAUGCCUUACUGCUGGAAUUGAGACGUGUCAAAUCGCUUAUAUACAGCUUCAAAGAGGAUGCCAGUUUUGUCAAUGUCAGUUUUGAAAAAGUUCAUUCACGUAUUGGCAAUUUGGUGGCAACGUUUUUGGAAAAUUCCCAAGAAAUCACCAUUGAAAUGAAGGCAAAAAUAUUAAAGAUUUUACAAAAUCUCCUCUUGACACCGGGAGAUAGGCGCGAACACAUUGAGUGUGUGUGUUCACGUAUACUUCACAAAUUGGAAAAUCCAGUGGAGCAAAUCUUACCGGAAAACUUGAAAACCGAAGAAAUGUGUUCAAAGGUAUGGUCUCAAGAAAACGCCUGCGAUUGCCAGUGGGAGAGUAAUUUGAGUCGCAAAACGAGUCAUCGCAAUCGCAUGGAGGCUCGCUAUAAAAAUCAUCAGCGUAUGAAGCAACAGGAAAGGGCAGCAAAACAAACCCAAAUGCAGGGCAAUGACAAAAACAAUCGAGACUAUCGUAAUCCUAAAGAUGAUAAUGAUUCAUCCGAUGAUAAUAAUGAGGAUGUAUUUUGGUCGGAUUUUGGUUCUGAUAGUGAAGAGGAAGAAAUAUUUCAAACACCACCUGAAAGUCCCUCACGUUUAAGUUUAAUGCAGGACGCAGAGGAUGAUGGCUAUAAGAUAUUUAUUUAUGGAAAUGAACCAACAAAACGUGAUUUGGAUGUCAUAAAUGCUAUUUUCCAUGUUGAGCUGGAUAAAAAUAAAUAUCCAACAAUCCAUUCCUGGAAAUCAGCUCUCAUGCGUUACACCAAUGAAGAAAUGGACUUCUUCCCAUCGCCCAGAGUUGUUAAGAAAACUCAUACAUUCUCGAUCCAAAAUAAAACCGAUACAUCAAUAGCGCCGCAAACGCCACCGCCGCCAACAUCACAUCUAGACAAUAAGACACAAUCAUUUAUGCGUUUAAAUAUAAAUGCUUCACUAAAUAUGGGUUCCCCCAGACAACCACUGCAGCAACAACAGCAACCUACAUUACAAUCAGGUACACAGGCUAUUAUUCGAGAGCCAAUACUACAACUGCCCACAGCAAAACGUUUAUUUGCAUCGCCAGGAAGACCAAACAAAUCAGGAACUGCCACCAAACUAAAUGUGAAAGAAACAACUACAUCCACAGCGUUAACAAAUUCCUCCGCCACCAACACCACCACCACCAUCAAUUCACCUACAUCCAAUGCAAAUGAAGAUUCUCAAAAUAAGUCAACACCAGAAAAAAAUGUUGCUGCCGCCCCACGUUCACUGGUUAGUGAAUUCCAAAGGCCAUUGACUCCAUUGAAUAAAAUUCGUGGACUCUUUAGUGCCUAUCGUGAUCGUUUUGAAAGUAGCCCUCUGCCAUCACCAAUGACUGAACGCAACAGCAAGGAAGGUGCCAAUAGUCUAUCGUUGUUAAAUAUUUCCAGUACAACAGAUUAUUGAGCUAUGCCCCAUCUCCCAACAAAAUGGAGAUUCAUCAUACACAAUACAAUCUAAGGUUAUACAAAUUAAUACGUUUGGAAAUGAAAGAAAAAAGAAAACACUCAUUAUUUUUAAAACGCUUUUAGUUGGACAAAAAACACAACAACAAUAAAUUGUUCCAUUAACAAUAUA